AGUAAAUGGCAGCUGUUCAAGUGUCAUCUGGGUAUUAGGGUUAUAAAAUUUAUUUUCUUUUUACUGGUGAGAUAAUAUUUUUGCUUUGUGAAGCAAUGUCGUCACUCGUUAGGUCCAAACUUUUCAGCAACCUGAGAAAUGUGCCUUUGGUUCUAAAACCAUUACAUAUUAGAUGUAUAUCUACUUCAAAGAAAAAUAGAGAUCCUGCCACAGUGGCCAGUGGAGUACCCUCUAAUACAGAAUGUGAUAAACCUAAAAAUUGGAUUAGUUAUGGUUUCUCAGAGAGUGAUAUUGAGGAAGAUAGACAUGUACUUCAUAUGACAAUGUUCAUUGGUGUGACAGUGCUCAUGGUAUUUGGAGGAUUCCUACUAGCUUAUAGACCUCAGCCUUUAGGAAGAGAUUGGGCUCAGAGAGAAGCUUUCUUAGAGCUUAGGAGAAGAGAAAAGAAUGGAUUACCAUUGAUAGAUCCUAAUUAUUUGCCAGCAGAUAAAAUCAUACUGCCAACAGAUGAGGAACUGGGGGAUACUGAUAUCGUAAUUUAAAUCGACUAGUUUACAGUGUACAUAUCUAUACUAUUGCCUGUUUGUAGACAAGGUUUAAUUGUUCAUUUACUGCAAUUUCCGAACUUAGUACGCACAACCUAUCGCAUUAAUCUAUUUGAUAAGAAAAUGUAAUACUCGUUGCUGGGUUUUUUUUUAAUAUUAGCCAUGAAUUGAUAAGACUACAACUUAACCAUUAUAGUUAGUUCUUAGAGAGAUUUAUUUUCAGGGGUUAAGUUAAAUAUCGUUUUAAUAAUGUCAAAUAUUAUUUUUGAGAACCAUUAAAUUAGUCAUACUAUAUUUACUUUGGUAUAACCGAGUGUUAAAUUUGUUUGGUUUAAAAAAUAAAAAUUUAUUAAAUUACA